AACAAGCUAUCACUGGCUGCACUUGAAGUGUUACAGAUCCUCAAGUUUUCAUUCAAGCAGGACCAUCUCACAUUUACAACAGAACUCAUUUUCAACAAACAAGACCACUCAAUUGCUGGACCUGUCUCCCCACUAGUUGUCAAUGAGUUGAUAAGUAGGGGGUAUUUGGAAGAACUUAGCAGCUUUAUGCAAACAAGGAGGAUGCAUACUAGUAUUUACAGCUUAAUAUAA